CGAUCAUGGGUUCUUCUUCUAGAAACCUCUAUGCAGGAAUUGGAGAAGGUCAAUCAACUUCUAGGCCACCACUCUUUGAUGGCACCAACUACUCUUAUUGGAAGGAACGGAUGAGAAUCUAUAUCCAUUCCACCAAUUUCCAAUUAUUGUUGGUCAUCAAAAACGGAGAGCAAAUCCCUAUGAAGAAAGUAGGAGAAACCACCGUCCCAAAAACCGAGGACGAGUUUGAUGCUGAGGACAUCAAGAAGGUUGAAAACUACGCAAAAGCUACCAACAUGCUUUACUGUGCGGUCAACCCCAAUGACUACCAGAAAAUCUCCUGCUGCACAACCGCCAAGGAGAUGUGGGACAAGCUUGAAGUGACGUACGAAGGUACCGAUCAAGUUCGUGAAGCCAAGAUCGAUUUUCUCACCCAAGAGUACGAAAUGUUCCGAAUGAAAGAAGGUGAGAAAAUCGAUGACAUGUUCGACCGGUUCUCAAAGAUCAUAAACGACCUUCAUGCUCUCAAAAAGACUUACGCCAACAAGGAUCUCGUGAGGAAAAUCCUGCGGAGUCUCACACCCGAAUGGAGGUCGAAAGCCGAUGCAAUCUACGAAUCCAUCGGAGUCUCCAAUGUCACCAUCGACGGACUAAGAGAGGAGGCCUCAAGCGAUGAUGACAAUGAAUUUGGACUUGUCAUCAAAAAGUUCCACAAGUUCAUGAAGAAGGAAUUUGAGCGGAAGGGAAGGAAGCACGACGGUCCUCCCAAGUGCUACGGCUGUGGCGAGAUUGGCCACAUCAAGCCAAGGUGUCCAAAGGCCAAACACGAGAAGGAUAAGCCCGGCUUCAAGAAGCAAAGGGCUUACAUCUCUUGGGGUGGCGAUUCCGGCGACGAAUCAACCGACCAAGAGGAGGACGAAGCUGCAAAUCUCUGCCUCAUGGCGCACGAAGAUCAAAACGACGAUGUCCAAGAGGGGAUUCUUAGGGCAACUUCCUGGUCCUUGCUUUGGAUCAUGCCUGUUCUUGAUGUCCACGGCUUUCGCUUGAGUGAUGCUGUUGAGAAAGAGCUCUCAAUGGAGUCCGACGUUUUCUCUCUCUAGCCGCGCAAUGAACAGUGCCGCGAAGAGGAGAACGAUGAUUACUCCAUGGAUUUGAGCUUGCUUUACACCAUUUUUGGAACCUGGGGUGCGCCUACAGCAGGUGUAUCCAUAUCAGGAGCAAUUACGCUGUUUUUGGAGAAGGAUUUUGCAAGAAACGAAGGUCAACGCU